AUGGCGCCCUCCCAAAAGCGCAAAGCGAUCGACGACGAUUUCAUCCUCACCAUCUCCGACAAUGAAGAUAACAUCCCACUAGAAGAGGAGCAGGAAGUCGUACCCAGGAAGAAAGCCAAGACGGCCGAACAAUCGAACAAGCAAAAGAAGAAGAACAACAAGAAGUCCAAGAAACAGCAACAGACCGAAGAUGACGACGACGAAGCCGCAGAAACAAAAGAAGACGACGCAGCCGACCUCGGCAUCUGGGGCUCCAAAGACGAAGACGACGGCGCCAUGGACACCGAGUUCCAGUUCGUCGUCGACGGCCAGAACGAAGUCGACGCCGAGUUCGACGGCUGGGGGUUCGAGGGCGCGCACAAGGGUGGCGUGAAGGGCGCUGGCGCGAACGGGGAUAAGAAGCCUGUGGAUAUCGAUGAGAUUAUUAGAAGGAGGAGGGAGAGGAAGGCUGCUAAGGAGGGGAAGACUACUACUGCAUCAAAAGAGGAGGAUAAGAUGGAGGUUGAUGGGGAUGAUGAGGAAGAGGAGGACGACAUGGAAGAGAUUGAUGUGGAUUUGGAUGAUGAUGAGGAGGGCGUGUUGGCUGAUGAUGCUUUUGGUAUGGGUGUUGGGUCUGAUGUGGAGGAGGAGGAGGAGGAGAAGCAGGAUGCGAAGAUGGGGGGUGUUGAUGGGGAGGAUGAGGAGGAUAGUGAGGGUGAAGAGGGGGAGAAGAAGGAGGGAAGCGAUGAGGAAGAGGAGGGCGAUGCGUCGGAUGAUGACUCGGUUGCUACGGCCGUCGAGCAUCCUGAUGAUGUGCAGUCAUCGGAUGAUGACGAAGAGGGUAUCGAUGAGGAGGAAGAGGCUAAGAUGAAGGAGUUCUUUGCGCCUGAGGAGGAGAAUCAGCCCAAGAAGAAGGGCGAGAUGUCUUCGUUCCAGGAGAUGUCCCUCUCGCGCCCCAUCCUCCGCGGCCUUACUUCCGUGGGCUUCACCAAGCCUACGCCCAUUCAGGCCAAGACCAUCCCGAUCUCGCUCAUGGGUAAGGAUGUCGUCGGUGGUGCCGUCACCGGUUCCGGUAAGACGGCCGCCUUCGUUGUUCCUAUCCUCGAGCGUCUCCUCUACCGCCCCAAGAAGGUUCCCACCACCCGCGUCGUUAUCCUUACACCCACCCGUGAGUUGGCUAUCCAGUGUCACGCUGUCGCUGUCAAGCUCGCCAGCCAUACCGACAUCAAGUUCUGUUUGGCGGUCGGUGGUCUCAGUCUGAAGGUGCAGGAGGCCGAGCUCCGCCUGCGCCCGGAUGUGGUCAUUGCCACUCCCGGUCGUUUCAUCGAUCACAUGCGCAACUCCGCCAGCUUCGCCGUCGACACCAUCGAGAUUCUCGUCCUCGAUGAAGCUGAUCGCAUGCUUGAGGAUGGUUUCGCCGACGAGUUGAACGAGAUUCUCACCACCCUUCCCAAGUCCCGCCAGACCAUGCUGUUUUCCGCUACCAUGACCUCGACUGUCGACAAGCUCAUUCGCGCCGGUCUUAACAAGCCGGUGCGCAUCAUGGCUGAUUCGCAGAAGAAGACUGCCGGUACGCUUGUUCAGGAGUUCGUCCGUCUGAGACCCGGUCGCGAGUCGAAGAGGGAGGGUUAUCUGUUGCACAUCUGCAAGACGCUCUACACUGAGCGUGUUAUUAUCUUCUUCAGACAGAAGAAGAUUGCGCACAAGAUGAGAAUCAUCUUUGGUCUAUUUGGAUUGUCGUGCGCCGAGUUGCACGGUAGCAUGAACCAGGCUCAGCGUAUUCAAAGUGUCGAGGACUUCAGAGAUGGCAAGGUCAACUUCCUCCUCGCCACCGAUCUUGCCUCUCGUGGUCUUGAUAUCAAGGGUGUUGACACCGUCAUCAACUACGAGGCUCCCCAGACCCCCGAGAUCUACGUCCAUCGUGUUGGUCGUACAGCUCGUGCCGGCCGCAGCGGUACCGCUAUCACCCUGGCUGCCGAGCCCGAUCGCAAGGUCGUCAAGGCUGCCGUCAAGUCCGGCAAGUCUCAGGGCGCCAAGAUCAGCAGUCGCAUCAUCGACUCCGCGGUCGCCGACAAGUGGCAGGCCGAGAUCGACGACCUGGAGGACGAGAUUGAGGAGAUCAUGCAGGAGGAGAAGGAGGAGAAGCAGCUGCAGAACAUGGAGAUGCAGGUCAAGAAGGGCGAGAACAUGAUCAAGUACGAGGACGAGAUCAGCUCGAGGCCCAAGCGCACGUGGUUCGAGACGCAGGAGGACAAGAAGAAGGCCAAGGCGGCGGGCCGGGCCGAGCUCAACGGCGUCAGGGACAAGCUCAAGUCCAAGAACGAGGGCAAGUUGAGUAACAAGGACAGGAAGAAGCUCGACACCAUGGCGGAGCGCAAGCAGGAGAGGACGUACAAGAAGGGCAGCGCCGAGAGAGCCGGUAAGGGCGCGGUGCUGAACCUCAAGAAGGUCGUCAAGAAGGCGGGCGUCAAGAAGGUGGGACGGUCUGCUGGGCCUAAAAAGAAGGGCGGUAAUGGUGCUAGGGGUGGUAAGGGCAAGAGCAGGAGGUAG